GGAAACUUGUGUGGCGCACGUUAUGAAUGAUCAUAACGGAUGUACGGCAACUGCGAAGCAAGACGGUUCGAGUCACUUCUUCGAAAGUUUUAAACCGAUCCCAGUGACAGUUGAAGUUGUAGUUACCCUCUGAGACCAUGGUGAACCAGCUCCAGCGCACUGAUGGGGCGUGGCAGGCGGGUAAGAGCGACUCGAGCGGGGCGAGCAACAGCGGGAGCGACAGCUCCAAGGAGAGCUCGCGCUGCUCCACGCCCGUGCUGGACGCCGACCGCACCGACCGGCUGCGCGACAAGAUGCAACGCAGGAUGGAGUCCGGCGACCACUGGUUCUCGCUGGAGUUCUUCCCCCCGCGGACCGCCAGCGGAGCGGUCAACCUCAUCUCCAGGUUUGAUCGAAUGGGAUCCGGGGGCCCGCUGUUCAUUGACAUCACCUGGCACCCGGCGGGGGAUCCCGGGUCGGACAAAGAGACGUCCUCCAUAAUGAUUGCCAGUACGGCUGUGAACUACUGCGGCCUGGAGAGCAUCCUGCACCUGACCUGCUGCAACCAGACCAAGGAGAAGAUCACCGCUCACCUGAGAAAAGCCAAGCGCCUGGGCCUGAAGAACAUCAUGGCCCUCAGGGGAGAUCCCAUGGAAGACAAGUGGGAGGAAGAAGAAGGAGGUUUUAACUAUGCCACAGACCUGGUCAAACACAUCCGCUGCGAGUUUGAUGACUACUUUGACAUUUGUGUCGCCGGGUACCCCACGGGGCAUCCGGAGGCAGCGAGCUACGAAGACGACCUGAUGCACCUGAAGGAGAAGGUGGACGCCGGGGCCGACUUCAUCAUCACCCAGCUCUUCUUCUGCGCUGACACUUUCCUCAAAUUUGUCAGGGAUUGCAGGGCAAUCGGCAUCACCUGCCCUAUUUUGCCUGGAAUCUUUCCCAUUCAGGGUUACCAGUCACUGCGACAGUUGGUGAAGCUGUCCAAACUGGAGGUGCCAGAAGAGAUCAAGCAGGUCAUCGAGCCCAUCAAGGACAACGAUGCUGCCAUCCGUAACUACGGCAUCGAGCAGGCAGUGGGCAUGUGCAAAGUGCUUCUAGAAAGCGGGGAGGUCCCCGGCCUCCACUUCUACACGCUCAACAGAGAGGUGGCCACUAUGGAGGUUCUGAGACAGCUGGGCCUUUGGAUUGAGGACCCCAGGCGACCACUCCCCUGGGCGGUCAGCGCACAUCCAAAGCGCAAAGUGGAGGAUGUCCGGCCGAUAUUCUGGGCCUCAAGACCAAAGAGCUACAUCUACAGAACUCAAGACUGGGAUGAGUUCCCCAAUGGAAGAUGGGGAAACUCAUCCUCUCCAGCCUUCGGUGAGCUGAAUGAUUACUACCUGUUCUACCUAAAGAGCAAGUCUUCCAAAGAUGCCUUACUGAAGAUGUGGGGAGAGGAGCUUAUGAGCGAGGAGAGUGUAUUCGAGGUGUUUACCAACUACAUCACAGCCCAGCCCAACCGCAAUGGACACAAGGUGAUGUGUUUGCCAUGGAACGAUGACCCUUUGGCCCCUGAGACCAACCUUUUGAAAGACGAGCUGGAAAAAGUGAACCGGCGUGGCAUUCUGACCAUAAACUCCCAGCCCAACAUCAACGGCAAGCCCUCCUCAGACCCCGUUGUGGGCUGGGGCCCCGCUGGGGGAUACGUCUUCCAGAAGGCUUAUCUGGAAUUUUUCACGUCAAGUGAAAAUGUGACGGCACUUCUUAAAGUCCUGAAGAAGUACGAACCUCGCGUGAAUUACCAUAUCGUCAAUGUCCAGGGUCAGAACACCACCAAUGCCCACGACAUGCAGCCUAACGCUGUCACAUGGGGCAUAUUCCCUGGGCGGGAGAUUGUUCAGCCGACUGUGGUGGAUCCAGUCAGCUUCAUGUACUGGAAGGAUGAGGCCUUUGGCCUGUGGAUUGAGCAGUGGGCCAAGCUGUAUGAAGAGGAGUCCCCGUCGCGCAUGAUCAUCCAGUACAUCCACGACAACUACUACCUCGUCAACCUGGUGGACAACGACUUCCCCCUGGACAACUGCCUGUGGCAGGUGAUUGACGACAUGUUUGAGCUGCUGGACUCGCCCCCGGAAAACCUGGAAUAGACACGUGCCCUUGCUGCUGAGCCCCCCACCCCUACCCCCAUCCUUCCCCUGGCCCGAGUACACAGUCUUCCCGUGCUGCUAAGAGGAACUCUAAAACACUAAUGAAUAAAAGGUAGAACAGUAGUAUACAGUGUAUACUUUUAGAAAUUAAAAGACUAAGUACAGAUUUCAAUUUUUAUAAUUUCACAGAAUGUUAAAUGGAGUGAUCAGUGAUGUGAGAGGAGUAGUAGAUUUGUUUGCUCUGAAGCAGCGUGUCGCAGAAGAAUCUGAUUUAUACAUAGACACGUGGAGUGUGCGUUCACGCAAGACGCACACACUGAAGCUACGGCAGUGCUUUCUGAAUGACAAAAUAUUGAAGAGGACGGACUAAGACUAAGAAAGUGGUGCUUAACCGUGUUUAACAUACUUUAUUUUAUAGUGAAUUUUGUACUUGUAAAGUGUCAUUUUAUAUGGAUGAUUCUGAAUGCUUCAAACUGUGUUUCUGGUGGAAUUGCAUUACAUGACGUAAUUGUCAUUUUGUAGAUGCUCUUAUCCAGAGCAGCUUAUUCCGGUUACAGUUUUAUCCAUUUAUACAACUGGAU